AUGGUUCAGUUGAUGAAUUCGGGUGAUCUCCUACCGGAAUCCGAGUCGCAGUGUCGGAAUAAGUUUCCGGUGAAGUUGGAGAUCGAAGACCCGUUAGAUGAAGAGCACGGCUCUCUCAACAAGCGAGCCAAGCUCUCCCUUCCUCCUCAGCAGCAGUGGAACUCUGGAAGUGGCGUAUUUCCGAUCCCGCCUUCACAGUAUAACCCACUUGAUGAGCCUAGUCCAUUGGGUUUGAGAUUGAAGAAGAGCCCCUCAUUUUUGGAUUUAAUUCAAAUGAGGCUCUCUCAAGGGAAUGCUUCAACUGUAACCAGUGGAAGUCUUGAAGUAGGGAAAAAGAAGGAUGGUAAAGGUGCUGCUGCUCCUGGAAAUACUGAUAAGCUCAAGGCUUCCAAUUUUCCUGCUUCGCUUCUAAGAAUUGGAACUUGGGAGUGUAUAUCAAGAUAUGAAGGUGAUCUCGUUGCGAAGUGUUACUUUGCGAAGCAUAAGCUAGUUUGGGAGGUUCUUGAAGGGGGCCUUAAGAGUAAGAUAGAAGUUCAGUGGUCAGAUAUCAUGGCUAUUAAAGCAAAUUGCCCAGAUAACGGACCUGGGACCUUGGAUAUAGUGCUGGCCAGACAACCUCUCUUCUUUAAGGAGACCAAUCCGCAGCCUAGGAAGCACACCCUAUGGCAGGCAACUUCAGAUUUCACUGGUGGACAGGCUAGCAUAAACAGACGACAUUUUCUGCAGUGCCCACAAGGUUUAUUGAGCAAGCAUUUUGAAAAGCUUAUCCAGUGUGAUCUUCGUCUGAACAUGCUGAGCCAACAGCCAGAAAUAGUGUUAGAUUCUCCAUACUUUGAACCCAGAGGUUCUGUUUUUGAGGACCCAGAUGAAUCCAAAUGCCAAGUUUUCGAUCCACUGAAUAGUGAAUAUGUAGCCCCCUUCCCUGGGUUCCGGGAUGAGGCAUCGCCAUCUGCUACCCAGUCAUCUACCUCAAAAGGUGAACUACUGGAUCCUGUCGGAAGACCUUCAUCACCAGGUCGUGUGCCUCUUGAAGUUCCUUCUCCUAGCUCAGAAACUGGAAGCAGUGAAACUGAGGAAUCGAAAGGGCUUAACCAGUGGGACCAAUUGAAAGUUCCUGGACUUCGUUCUUCCAUGUCUAUGAGUGAUCUUGUGAGCCACAUCGGACAUUGUAUAUCAGAGCAGAUGAACUCUGGCAAUCCUCUUUUCUCUGGUGAAGGUUUACAGGGCAAGGACAUGCUGGAGGAGAUUGCCCAGUACUUGCUUAGUGAUUCUCAACUUACUUCAGCCUCUGAUGAGAAGUCCCUAAUGUCUCGAGUCAAUUCCCUUUGUUGUCUUCUACAGAAGGAUCCUGCUACAGUUCAAAACUUGCAGCUUAGCAGCGAAGGUGGCCUUGAUGCGACUGAUGAGAGCAAGAAUGAUGUACCCAACUCCAUCCCCGACUCAAAACAAGAGAUUAAGGCCAUGGCUGAUCUUCCAGUGGUUGAUGGGGAAUCUCAUGAAUUGUCCGGCUAUAAGCAAACUCCAGCUAUGUCAAGGAAAGACUCAGUUGGGGAUUUGCUGCUUAAUCUCCCGCGCAUUGCAUCUCUGCCACAUUUCUUGUUCAACAUCUCAGAAGAUGGUGAGAAUCGAGCUAGAUAAGCCCUGCUCUCCCCACCCUACCC